GUCAUGCUAACGCAAAUGGCGGGCAGUGUGCUUGCCCCCUGCUGGCCGCUAAUGUGUCAUCAACGCAGACCACCAGGGGGGCGGUCAUCCAUUCUUCACCCAUUUGGCAGGACUGGAGUUUGUUUGAGCUGCACUGAUCAAUGUUUAAUUUGGAGGAGAAGGGGUCAAAGUCAAGCCCCCAGAGGAAGGGACAUAUUGGUGACCACUGCUACGUCGACGCCACUCGGACUGGAGAUGGAGGUGCAGGUUUUGUUGCUGCUGGCCCUGACAGCUCCGACUAUUGCUCGGCGUCCAGGUUGCGAUGAACCCCUACCGGUGCUGGACCCGGCUCUCAGGAACGUAGAUCUAGACCCGUCAGUUCCCUCGCCCCAUCAGGCGUAUCCUGUAACCGCGGACAUGGCCAAAGCCAUGGGCUCAUCGUUGUCCGCCGACUUUCACGGAACCAACCUGAUGUGGGAGCAGUGGACGGGGUCGACCCCCAAAUACACUGUGUCCAUCUACAACGGGUACAUGAGUCGUUGGGACUACGUGUGCAAAUACCAGUGCUCGGCGGGGUACUACAACCCGGACGUGGGCGCGUACUGCGUUUUCCCUUACGGCGGCAAAGCUCUACAGGCAAACGACUUCCAGGUGCUGGUCAACAAGGACAAUUUUGAGAUUCUGGAGUGGAAGGAAGGCGCCUACGGUUCGGUGGCCUGGAAUGCGGUAAAGACGUGUGAGGAUGAUGACGUAUAUGUGGGCAAGAACCAGUACGGUCUGGGGAAGGUGGUGGUCAGUCAUCGAGUCUUCUACUUGCCCUACAACGGAUGGGAGUACAGUUACGACAAACCGUACCAGUUCCUGAUCGUCCACGAGGACGUGCUGAGCGAGCACUUGACCACCGUGAGGUACCACACAGAGGGCGUCCCGGUGGUGGCGCACCCCCCUGAAAUGUUGAAGAACAACACCGUCUCCAAUUCAGCUUGCGAUGACGCCGUGGUCUCAGACACUCUGACCGAGACCUCCAAGCUGGACCACAAGUGGGAAAACAACUACAGCCUCUCGUUGGCCGGGACCACCAGCAUCACCACCAAGAUCCCCUUCAUCACGUCAGCCGGCAUUCAGUUCAGCGUGGAGACCACCGUGAUGUUCACCACGGGGACCACCUACAGCGAGACCACCUCGCACGCCAUCAAGGUGCAAACCCCCGUCCCGGCCGGCCACAUGUGCGUCAUCCACAUGGUCGGCAAGAGAUACGGAGCCGACGUCCCGUACACCGCGGACCUGAAACGCACCUACAGAAACGGCGAGACCAAGUGGACCACCAUCACCGGGACCUACAAGAGCAUCCAGAUCUCAGAGGUCCAGGCUGUGGUGGGCCGGUGUGAACCUCUGCCAAAUGUCAAGCCUUGCUAGGGCACAAUUUCAUGUCCAUCCUCAAUAAAACACGACAACACUCGUUGUUUAA